CGUUUCGUGAAGUUAACGGGAAAUCGCGAAUCGUUGGUUGGUAAGAAUAAGAAGGGCAAACAAAGCAAAAGCAAAAGCAAAAGCAAAAGCACCCAACACAACAAGCACGUGACAGUACAAGGGCCCGCCCCGCCCGAGUCUGGAACUGGAAGUGGAAGAAGGAAAAAAAGGGUUUUUAUCAUCAGGAAAGGACUCAGCAGAGGAAUAACAAAGAGGCUUUUUAUCAUCAAAGAAUGGCGAGUAUGGUGGUGGGUUCGGCAUCGCCAUGGUUGAGAAGUAGGAUAAUUCCAGAGGUAGCUCAUCCGAUAUUCCGUCAAUCAUCAUCAUCAUCACUACAUUAUCGACCUCGUAACAACAGAGCAUUCUCUCUUUUCCGGAGAAGAUUGAGUUUUUCAAUCUCAGCAUCAUCUGUGAAUUCUUCUCUUCCUCCUCCUACUCCAGAUAAGAAGAAGAAGAGGGUCGUUGAUGAUUUAGGACAAGUCCGAGUUCGCUUUGCUCCUUCGCCCACCGGUAAUCUUCACGUCGGAGGCGCCAGAACUGCCCUCUUUAAUUACCUCUUCGCUAGGUCUAAAGGGGGUAAAUUUGUUCUUCGAAUUGAAGAUACUGACUUGGAGAGGUCCACCAGGGAAUCUGAGGAAGCCUUAUUACAUGAUCUUUCUUGGCUUGGUCUCCAUUGGGAUGAAGGUCCUGGUGUUGGUGGGGACUAUGGUCCAUAUCGGCAGUCUGAAAGAAAUGUUCUGUACAAACAAUAUGCUGAGGAGCUUUUAAAAUCUGGUCAUGUUUAUCGUUGCUUUUGUUCUAAUGAGGAACUAGAAAAAAUGAAGGAGAUUGCAAAGUUAAAACAACUGCCUCCAAUAUACAUUGGAAAGUGGGCUGACGCCUCAUAUGAGGAAGUAGAAGUAGAACUGGCAAAGGGAACACCUUAUACAUAUCGAUUCCGAGUGCCCAAGGAAGGGAGUUUGCAAAUUGAUGACCUUAUUCGAGGAGAGGUUAGUUGGAACUUGAACACACUUGGGGAUUUUGUGAUUAUGAGAAGCAAUGGACAACCUGUUUACAACUUUUGUGUCACUGUUGAUGAUGCUACCAUGUCUAUCUCGCAUGUUAUAAGAGCAGAAGAGCAUUUACCAAAUACUCUAAGGCAAGCAUUAAUAUAUAAGGCUCUUGGAUUCCAAAUGCCUUGCUUUGCACAUGUUUCUUUAAUUCUUGCACCUGAUCGGAGCAAACUUUCUAAACGGCAUGGUGCAACUUCAGUGGGUCAGUUCAGGGAGAUGGGAUAUCUGCCUCAGGCAAUGGUGAACUAUCUAGCACUACUGGGUUGGGGUGAUGGUACUGAAAAUGAGUUCUUUACCCUCGAGCAACUUGUUGAAAAAUUCUCAAUUGACCGUGUCAACAAAAGUGGAGCCAUCUUUGAUUCUACGAAAUUAAGGUGGAUGAAUGGUCAGCAUUUAAGAUCUCUUCCCUCAGAAGAGUUGACCAAGCUUAUUGGUGAGCACUGGAAGAGCACUGGCAUCCUUACCGAAUCAGAGGGGCUGUUUAUAGAAGAGGUUGUUCAGCUGCUAAAGGAUGGGAUUGACUUGAUACCAGAUUCUGACAAAGCACUAUCGAACUUGCUGUCUUACCCCUUAUAUGCUACUUUAGCAAGUCCUGAAGGUAAACCUGUAUUGCAAGACGGGCUUCCAGAAGUUGCAGCUAGCUUGUUAGCUACCUAUGAUAGUGGUGAACUCCUAGGUGCCCUUGAAGAAGGCCAUGCUGGAUGGCAGAAGUGGGUAAAGAGCUUUGGUAAAUCACUGAAACGCAAGGGAAAAUCUCUAUUCAUGCCUCUUCGGGUGUUGCUAACGGGAAAGCUUCAUGGCCCAGAUAUGGGGGCUAGUGUGCUUCUGCUCCACAAAGCUGGAUCAUCUAAUGUGGUAGCUGCUCAAGCUGGGUUUGUCACGUUGGAUGACAGGUUCAAAAUGUUGAGAGAAAUCAAAUGGGAAUCUUUUAACAGCGACCAAACUGUAUUGGAGUCUGCUGCAGCUGUAUCUAACUGAAGUUUCCAGUUGUUUUGUUUUUAUUUUUUUUUGUUGUCUCUAGACUCUACCCAAGUUGAGUUACACGUGAUGAUUAUUGAUAGUAGUUGGUCGGUUAAGUUGUGUUAUAUGUAAUACACGUUUGAAGUCGAACUCAUUCCUAUGUGAUAUACACGUUUGAUUUGACUGUAGUUUGUUUUGAGCAAGCGCAAGUGCAAACAUUUUGAAAUGGCGUAGGGCAUAGGGAAUUGGACAGCUGUUGGUAAUUACAGAUGUCGACUUCUUGUAUUGUAUUACACAAAAUUACAUUCGUAUUCCUGGAAAACUCUUUAUGCCACUCUUUUGUUUUUAUUGUAUGUAUUGUUUCGGGAAGUAUAUUUAUAUUUUA